AUGCCCAUACCACUUCCUCCUCGGACGCCGACACCACCUCCCGAUGAGCCGUCCUCGCCUCAGAAACUCCUAGCAUUCGAUCCGAACGCGCCAUUUGACCCAAACACGCUUUCCCCGCACACAUACGAAUCUGAGCGUAUGUCUUCAACCGGAGCCUCGUACUUCUCGACUUCGACACCAGAAAGGCAGCGUACAGGUGGGAACAGCAACGGAGCAGGCCCCUUCAACUUCCAGCCGUCAGCGCUGGCUAAGUCCCCUGUGAUCAAAUCUAAUAUUGGUCAGAGACGAGGCCACAAGUACAAGCAUAGCAGUGUCUCGCACCAAAUCUUCCUCGAACCCCCUUCUCGACCGCCUCUAGCUCUACCGAAUUCUCUCCCUAUCCCGACCUUUGCUGAGUGUCGAGCGAGCAUGACGAAGGAUCAGAAAGUGCGAUUCUACUGGAGCAUAUGUCACAUGGCUGUUGCAGGGUACACGGCGUCGAACUCGCACGGCUCAUCGGCAAUGGAAGCCCUGUCACAUCUGAUAUUCUACGACUCUCUUGGCGCUCUAUUGUGCGUCUUCGUUGAGGUGCUGUCAAACUUUGAGGUAUGGGGUCGGUCUAGCGUACGACAUCCUUUUGGUCUACAGCGCAUGGAAGUCAUUGCGGGUUUUGCUCUGUCGGUGCUACUGAUUUUCUUCGGCUUCGACCUGAUUUCCCACAAUGCAAAACACGCUCUGGAAGGCAUUGGUCACGAACCUCAUCACCCUCAUACCCACGAACGAGUCACAGCUGGCACCGUGGAUGUGACCGCCAUCCUGGCGCUUGUCGCGACAUUAAUAUCUGCAGUCGGCCUGAAAAACCAUGCGCGGAUAGGCAAAGCGAUGCGGUUUGCCGCCAUGGAGAACCUGCCUUCCCUUCUCAGCAAUCCAUCUCACUUUCUGACCCUCUCCUGCUCGGCAACUGUAAUUUUGCUUCCUCUCCUGGACCUCCAUACCUACGAGUGGGUCGAUAAGAUAGUCUCGUUGAGCAUCGCCUUCUCGAUGCUCUUCCUGGGCUUCCAUCUGGGACGAAAUGUCGGCUCCAUGCUCCUCAUGUCGCUACCUUCAAAAUCCAACACCGACCUGUCAGAGGUUGUGGAAGCAAUCGAGUCAGAUCCCUUGGUGCGAGCAGUCGAGCAAGCCAAGUUCUGGCAAGCCCAUUACGGGAUGGGUAUGGCCAAUCUGCGACUGCGAGUGGUUGGCAGCGAAGAGAGUCUCGUUAAGCUUAGGGAAAAGAUUACGAGCAUCGUCCGCAACAAAUUGAGUGGCGGAUAUGGCCUGGGAAGCAAUGGGCAGAAGUGGGAAGUGAGUGUACAAUUCAAGGUCGAAUUCGAGACCGCAAUGAGUGCCAGCCAUAGCCAUUUCAUGAGUCCCUCCAGCUGGGUGGUGACGGCUUGA